AUGGGUGGAAGAUCAGGAAAAUUUGUUGUACCUCAUACGGAAGAGAAGGCCGGAGAUAGUACCUCUAAACCGGAAACUAUUGAACAAAUCAAACCACUAGAUACUGAUCAACCAGUACAACUAUUAAAUGGAGUUGUUACAGCUGGACCAGAUGUCCCCAGCAUAGAUGAGUUGGCAGAGUCGACAGAGUGUGUGAAGCUUGAGAAUGGUCACAAAGAAGAUAAAUCAGAUGAAGAAGGUAAUACUGAAGCAAACGGCAAUGUUUGUAAUACAGAUAAUCCGCAAGACACAGACAAUAAACCAUCUAAGAAGGGAAAUCCAAUCAGUCGAAUUUUAAGACGUAUAUCCAAGAAAACUAUUAGCUUUAAGAAAAAUUCAUGUGACAAAGGUUCUUCGGAGAAACCUGAGGAUGUUCAGGAUGAAACUAAUAAGGAAGAAAAUCCUGUGGAUCCACAGUCUCCAGCAACUGCAGAAAAUAAUGAUGUUGAGCCAGUUGUUGAUAAUUCGGUCUCCUUAGCUGCAGAUAAAUUAGUUCAAGACGUAAUCCUCUCGGCCACUACUACUCAUAUGGAAGAAAGUCAAGCGUGUGAAUCGGGACCCUGUGAAAAUGGUGGUGAUCAUUUUCCUGAGACAAAACAGGCCCAUGAAUUGUCUUCCGAAGUUGACACCUCAUAUGUCACUUCUAAUGGUGACGAUUCUUACAUGCAAGAGGAGCCGGUAGUCGACUGUCAAAUGAAAUCCGAAGAUGUUGUCGUUAACGGUGUCCAUUCAUACAAUGGAGAGAUGGAAGAAUUAAACACCAAUAAUACCAAUGUGCACAAUGAUGACGGCUUGAUCCAGUCAAAAUUAGCAAACCUUGAAUUAGUGAAUGGACAUGCUGAAGUCAAUGGAUUCCAUUUGACUUUACCAAUUUAUCUCACAAAUCAAUAUUAUUUUCCAUCUUUCUGUAACAAAGUUGAUUGUCUUUUGUUUUGGAUAUUCGUUUCCCGUAUAUUAUUCUUUUGUUUCAAUACCUUUGGGACGCCUGUGACGUCACCGAAAAAGAAUUGGUGUCCAUUUGUUAACAACAACCUGAGUGCUGUCUUCGUCCGCGUGUUUUUGGUACAAUUAUAUAUUUGUAUUCAUCACAUCACGUUUUUUCAUACUUGGCCCAAUUUUCAAAAGCAAUCAUGGCCAAUAACUUUUAUCCCUUCUACUAUUGUAUCUGUAAAUUUCUAUUGA